AUGUUGGGAGAUCUAACUCGGCGCAAUCAGAAGCUCAGAUGCACUUACCACCAAGACAGGGGGCACAUGACUCAGAACUGCAGGGCAUUGAAACAACACUUGGAAGAUCUAGUGGCAGCCGGGCACCUAAGGGAUUACAUUGAUCAGGAUAAGGAAGUGUCCGAACAGGGGAACCCACCACUAGAACCGAAUGUUGAGCGCCCACCUCGGUUGAUAAUAAAUGUGAUCCACGGGACAGCGACUCAGGAAUCUGAUAAGGCACUGAAAGAAAAGAUCACUAAGGCUGUGCAAAUUCAGAGGGUCAUGUCAGUGGAGCCUGCAUCGAAAAAGGUACGUACAGUACCUAAAUCUCCCGUGUGCACUGUUUCAUUUACUAGCAAAGAUUUAGAAAGCAUACAGCACCCACAUACUGAUGCACUAAUUAUAACUAUGGGAAUUGGGAAACGGUUUGAUGUAAAACGAGUCUUGGUAGAUCAAGGUAGUGCAGCAGAUAUUUUGUAUUACGAUUUGUUCAGAAAGCUUGGUCUCUCUGAGCAGUACCUCACCCCAGUGGUACAGUACCUAAAUCUCCCUUGUGCACUGUUUCAUUUACUAGCAAAGAUUUAG